AUGAGCCAGAGUGAUAACUGGCCAAACGGUGAGGACACCAACUCCCAGAGUCCUCAAAGUCUAACCUCACAAAGCGAGGAGGAUAAGCCAGCGACCCCAGCUCCAAGGAGCCGUCUGAGACCUGCUGGGAAACGCCCUGUGUCUCUGCCAUCCGUCAACCUAGUUUCAGACACAAAGCGGGUGGCACGCUCCGAGUUAGACAUAGUGACGUCGGUACGAGUGUUCUGGAAGGAUGUCUUAAAAGGGAAGUUGGACAAAGCUAUUGAAAAGACGAAGAAGACCUGCGAGGCGGGCAGCACGGAAGUUAUUCUUUCAACCACUCAUCAUGGAACCAAGAACGUUACAUUAAGCUUUGACGCCCUCAGCAUUGACUGGCGGGCUAUUGACACGCAGCUCAAGGAGUGGAACAGCUUACCAACCAAACGCAAGAAGCGUAACGUUGUUACCAUUUCCAUUACCUUUGACCACACAGUUAUAGAGGCUAAGAAAGAACUAACGCAGCAGCCUCUGCCGCUCAACUACACAACAUACGAGAGAGUACUGGCCGACGAACGACUACGGGUAGAGAACGAAGAGAAGCAGCGCAUGAAAGAUCAACAACGCAAACGAAAACGACACGACUCGGAAAGCGUAUCUUCCGGCCCUUGCCAUGGGCAGCCGUGUCCACUUGGUGGCCGUCCCACAACUCCUGAAGUAGUCUUCCCUACGUCACCACUUAUAGCUCUACUAGAGCCUAGGCGAGACUUCCUCAGGGCGUAUGAUGUGUGGCAGAUACACCAAGCAAGCGACGACGAAAAGGAGUCCUACAAACGCAUCGAGCAACUAAAUCUAGAGCGAAAAUAUGACCUCGGAAUGAUUGUGAGCAACCAGCCGAGGGCAUUCCAGUACUACAUGGAGAAUGAUGUGCCGGAGGGUGUUGCGUGGCAUUACGUUUGUGAUAUCAAGGGGUUUUAUAAACUACGGAAGGAGCAGCAUGCCAAGAACGCAUAA